AUGAAGGAAGGUGGAGCAAGCAGUGCUGCCUUGGACAAUCUCAUGGGCAUGAUCGGUCUCGAGAGCGUCAAAGAGGAGUUUCUUUCGAUUAAGAACAAGGUCGAUACAUCAGUUCGGCAAGGUAUCUCGCUGUCCAAGGAGAGAUUCAGCUGCACGCUGCUAGGUAAUCCAGGCACUGGGAAAACCACGGUCGCCCGCAUCUACAGCAAGUUCUUAACGUCUGUAGGCGUCAUCGCCGGCAGUGCGUUCAAGGAAACGUCUGGUUCAAAGCUUGCCCACUUGGGUGUGGGCGGGUGUCAGAAAAUGUUGGAUGAUGUUCUCGAGGACGGUGGAGGCGUCAUCUUCGUUGAUGAAGCAUACCAACUAUCGUCCGGCAACAGUUCCGGAGGCCGUGCCGUGCUCGAUUUCCUGCUCGCAGAGGUUGAAAACCUCACAGGCAAGGUGGUUUUCAUCCUCGCCGGGUACGGCAAACAGAUGGAGUCGUUUUUCGCCCAUAACCCGGGAUUUCCCAGCAGGUUUCCUGUCACCAUGAAGUUUGAGGAUUAUAGCGACGACGAGUUAAAGGUUGACCCUCUCUUUUUCACCAAGGAGGACCUCAUUGGGCCAGAGCCGGCGAGCGCGCUCAGCAAGUCUGAAGCCUGGAAUAAGUUGCGAAGUCUCAUUGGACUUUUCUCAGUUAAGGAGUCGGUCAAGGCCCUGAUCGACAGCAUUCAAACGAACUAUCACCGGGAGCUGGCCGAGGAACCGGUGAUCGAAUACACCUUGAAUAGGGUCUUCCUCGGAUCGCCGGGCACAGGGAAGACGACCGUUGCCAAGCUGUACGGUCAGAUACUGGUGGAUCUUGGUCUCUUAUCAAAUGGCGAAGUGAUUGUGAAGAGCCCCUCAGACUUCGUCGGCGCCGCACUCGGCGGCUCCGAGGCUCAGACCAAGGGCAUCCUCGCAUCAACAGUAGGCAAGGUCCUCGUCAUCGAUGAAGCUUACGGUCUAUACGGCGGUGGCGGCUCUAUGGGGGGAAGCACUUCAGACCCAUACAAGACGGCUGUCGUUGAUACAAUUGUAGCUGAGGUCCAGAGUGUCCCCGGAGAGGACCGUUGCGUCCUCCUUCUUGGCUACAAAGACGAAAUGGAGCAGAUGUUCCAGAACGUUAACCCUGGACUCAGCCGAAGGUUCCCCCUGGCGUCUGCUUUCAACUUCGAAGACUUCAGUAGCCCCGACUUGCGGAAAAUUCUCGACCUAAAGCUCAAGAAUCAGGGAUUCAAGGCUACAGACCAGGCAAAGCAAGUGGCAAUCGAGAUGCUGGAUCGUGCUCGUAAUCGGCCCAACUUUGGCAACGCGGGCGAGGUGGACAUCAUCCUCAACGACGCGAAGGCUCGCCACCAACGACGCCUCACGUCUAAACAGACAGAUCAAGUCUCGACACUUGAGGCCCUCGACUUCGACGAGAACUUCGACCGCGCAGAGAGGACAGAGACGAAUGUAGCGAAACUGUUCGAGGGCACCGUUGGAUGUGAGAUGAUCGUUGCCAAACUCGAGGGCUUCCAGCAGAACGUUCGGUCUAUGAAGGAGCUUGGCAUGGAUCCAAAGGAAAACAUUCCGUUCAACUUCCUCUUCCGUGGACCGCCAGGAACUGGCAAGACUUCGACUGCGAGGAAAAUGGGGAAGGUCUUUUACGACAUGGGCUUCCUUGCCAAUGCCGAGGUUGUGGACCGCUCGGCGACUGACCUCAUCGGUCAAUACGUCGGGCAGACAGGACCCAAGGUCCAGCAGCUCCUCGACAAGGCUCUGGGCCGUGUUCUGUUUGUGGACGAAGCUUACCGUCUUGCCGGUGGAGGUUUUGCCAAGGAAGCCGUCGACGAGCUUGUCGAUUGCGUCACCAAAGACAAGUACAAGGGCCGACUGGUGAUCAUCUUGGCAGGCUAUGACAAUGAAAUCAACCAGCUGCUGUCCAUCAACCCAGGCAUGUCUAGCCGUUUCCCUGAAGUCAUCGACUUCCACAGCCUCAGUCCCGAGAACUGUUUCAACCUACUUGUGAAUCUGCUCUUGAAGCAAAAGCACAAGCUAGAAGCCAAAAAGUCCACGAACAGCGUUGUGGUGGGUUGCCUGGAAAACCCUACCCCGAUGUUCAAAGCAGAGGCUAUCAUCACGUUCAAUGCUCUUUCCAAGCAGUCUAGCUGGGCAAGUGCACGAGACGUUGAAACUCUUGCAAAGUCUAUCUUCAAUGAGGCCCUGAAAGCACGACAGGGAGCUUGUAUUACCAUUUCAGAGGUAACCGUUAAGGAGGAGCUGGAUAAGAUGCUUAUGGAGCAAGAAAGCCGGAACCGGCAGGCGAACGCGACGAAUCUGGCAAAUUUCCAACAUCUUCAGAUGCCACCUCCGCCCCGAGCACCAGACCGCAUUCAGACUCAGCAGUCGGUAAAGACAAAUACUGUUGAGGCAGAAGAAGUGGAAGCUUCUUCUGCAAUGGAAGAUUCCCCAGCGACCCCAGGAAGCAGCUCGGAAGAAGACGGCAAUCCUUUCAGGAAGCGUGUUGUGGUUCGUGAUGCUGGUGUCAGCGAUGAGGUCUGGGAGCAGCUCGAGCGUGAUAAGAAGGCUCAGGAAGAACGGGAUGCCAAGUAUCGAGCAUUGCUGAAGGCUAAGAAGGAUGCGGCGGGUGCUGCUCGAGAGAGAAUUCUUAAGGAGUUGAUCGAAGAAGAGGAGCGGCGGAAACGAGAGGAACAGGAACGAAAGAAGGCGGCGAUGAUGGGAAAAUGCCCGGUGGGCUAUGAAUGGAUCAAACAAGCUGAUGGAUUUCGCUGCGCCGGAGGAUCGCACUUCAUUUCGAACGAUCAGAUUGCGAGAUCUUGA